CUCCACGCAGGUCCCGCCGUAAGCGAGCUGAAGCCUGCGAACUGUACUCCUCGUCGUCGCUGCUGAAACGGAGAUGAAGGGCGGCUGCCGAAGCACACACCGUCUUUGGCGUGCAGACAGACACCCAGGGCACGCAGAGGAGCCAGCGACCCUGCUCGCCCAGACCCUUCCCUGUCGGCUGUCCAGCCAAGAGGUUGCGGAGAAGUGUGUGUCCCGGACUAGCUAGCCCCCUAAAGAGACGCGACACUUCUCCUGGACCCAACUGGCGAGCUUCCACGCCGCCGAUCCGCCCCCUGUGAACGCGGCGUAAGGGCCGGGCCAGGGAAUGCGGCUAGGGGUACCUGGUUCCACGGAGCUCAGAACCUAGUCCAGCGUAACAGAACCCCGCACUCAUCUGCGUGCUGCUUUGCAUCUCAUUUACAUAGUAAGCUUUGGGUCGAAGCCAGCACGCUCCCCAACCCCUACGCAGACCCUGAUGGAACCUCUCGUCUGCACUCCUUUAAAGCCUUACAGUUCUGCCAGUGUCCCUGCCAGGCCCGUCUUGCUCCACAAGUUUUUUUUUCCACCCAUGAACACCCCCACCCAGCACUAGUUAAAAACCCUUCUCCGGCUCCCGACCACCCGGUUCCCCAGAAGACAAUACUCCAAUUCUCUGGGAAGUGGAAGAAACCAAGUUGGACCAGCGGGUGCUUUGGGACCCUAUUUGGGCUUUGAAAACGUUAAGUUGCGAUUGAGAAGAGCCCCGGGAGGUCUCCAGUCCUUCAGCCUCAGUACCCUAAAGACGGCAGAAGGAAAGUGCAUCCGCACCACCCUACUCCCGCAAUGCCAACCUCUCAUCGUCAGUGAUCCUUCAGGAUCAGCAUCAAAUCCCAUUGGCAGCCCAGGCGUGCCUGGAUGAGAGGGUGGGUGGAACAAUUCCCGUGUGAGUCUGAGGCUAGUAGCAAGUGGAUACCAAGAUGUGAGGAGAUUAUCUGUGGGCAAGGCGCCUGCUUACUCCAUGUAGGGCGAUGGGAUUUGGACUGGCUGUAUUCGGCUUUCCCCAACCACUCCAUCUCGGCAUGAAGCCAAGACUUCAAAAUCCGGACAGAGGCUGACUGGGUGACUCUUUAAGUCCUUAUUUGAAACUUUUAAAUGUCUGUUCCCUUUCUUCCUUGGGGGUUGCAUUUAGCUUACAGGUUUUGGGCUCCGACUUUCAGGAGUUUAGAGAGCAACUCCAGGCCUGGGGAGCCGAUGGCCACCCCCGUGCCUAGGACCUCUGGGAGCUGGAUGAAGCUGGAGGUCUAAGGAAGCAAUCCCACCCCUUUGCUCUCCUCAGCCCUUCAGGGUGGUUUACCAGCCCCUGCCAGUUAGCUAUGGAUGGAUGAAAGGAGAUUUCUCUAACCUUCCAUUCUGUGACCACCUUCUCUUCUACCAUGGAAAAAGCCUCAUUGCCUCUGACUAUAACAUCUCACCCAAGGCCCUUUAACCAACAACUCCCAGAGCCCCCAGCCCCGAGAUGUGUCUUGGAACCCCAGGACAGCCUCGACUUGGCCCCUGCCCUUGUGUGUGCCCUUUGCUGCUGCUUCGGAAUCAUCUACUGCUGCUUUGGCUACCGCUGCUUCAAGGCAGUGAUGUUUCUCUCGGGUCUGCUGUCAGGAGCCCUGGUGAUCUUCCUCCUGUGCCAUAAAGAGCGGGUGCUAGAGACACAGCUGAGCCUGGAGGUGAGCGCAGGCAUAGCACUGGGCAUCGGACUCCUCUGCGGCCUGGUCACCAUGCUGGUCCGCAGUGUCGGGCUCUUUCUGACCGGUCUCCUGCUAGGUCUGACCCUGGGUGUUGGAACCUUAUUGGGUACUGAACCCAUCUACCAGCCGCAUUCAGCCUGGGUGCCGGUCGGCGGACUGAUGGGGCUGGCACUGCUGGGAGCCCUGCUCACACUUCGGUGGCCACGUCCAUUCACAGUCCUGGGCACAGCACUGCUAGGUGCUGCGGUGCUGGUGGCCUGUGCUGACUACUUCCUGGAAGGACUGGCACUGGGCACUAGACUGGGUGAACGCCUGCAGGCACUUCCAGAGUUGCUUCCUCUCUGCUGGUAUAGCUGGGUCUUGCUGGGAACCUGGCCAGUCUUGGGGGCUCUUGGGACACUGGCCCAGUGGAAACUCAUGGCUGAGGAACGUGGGAGCCGCACCAAUGUGAUCUUGAGCCACCAGCAAAGGCAUCUCCAGCUCCUUCGGAUCCAUCAGCAGCAAGAGGCUAAGAGGCAUCGGAACUCUUCUGGGACAGGACUGUGUGGAGGCAGCUAUCGGAACCAGCUUACCCCCAAUAUCCGGAGCCCUGCUCACAGUCCAGCUCCAAGUUAUCUCCAGAGUCUUCGAGAGUAUGAGCUGGUACCAGGCACCCAGGCCCCAGGCACCCACACUAUCCUGGACCUGGAUUCUGAUUGCAGCUCCACUGGCCUGCUUACCACACCUCACUCUGACCAGACCUGAGCCUAACCUCCAGUGACACUGAUACCCCUGGUGGGGGCAGGAGAUUGCUAAGUGGAUAGGGCCUGAGCCCAUAGGACCCAUACAGAUUUCCCUACCUCUUAGACUUGGGAAUAGGUUCUGUGCCCAGACCAACCCUUUUAGAGACAGGCAGAGAAAAUUCUUAUAAAGAUGGGGGGGAGGGGGUGGAAGACAAAGUACAAGCACCUACCUCUGUCCAGUAGUAGAGGUGCCCUGGUCCCUAGAGACACUGACUCUGAAACAAGGAGGUAUGCCCAAAAUAGUUUUUUAUUAAUUUCUGUAAUGCUGAGGUGGAACCCAGAGCAUUGCCCAUAUUAGACAAGUGUUCUGAACUACAACCCAUUCCCAAAAACCUGUUUUGUUUGGGUUUUGUUUUUUGGUUUGUUUUUGGUUUUGUUUGGUUAGAUUGGGGUUUUGGUCUCUCAAGACAGGGCUUCUUUGUGUAGCCCUGGCUGUCCUGCAACUCACUUUGUAGCCCAGGCUGGCCUUGAACUCACAGGGAUCUGCUUGCCUGUGCCUCCCCAGUACCGGGACUAAAGGCAUGCACCACCAUACCCAGUGAUAGUUUUUUGGCAGGAGGAAUGGCACAGAAGUUCCCCGGCUCCUUACUCGGGGGUGAUUGGGCUUCUGGUUGGCCUUUCUUCCUGGACCCUACACUCGUGAAUCCUGCUACCUCUGCGGGGGGCUCCAUCUUCCAUGCUGCUUUCCCCCUCUCCUCAGUGGAGGAGGACCACAGCAUCUGCCUCAGCUCCCCUCUCUCCAAAAGCUGGCUCCUUGACCUUUUUCUCAGAGGAGCCUGGUCUUUGGGGCUGCACUGUAGCCAAGUGCCUUCUGUCUUUUAAAGUAGCUUUCCUCCUAAACCAGAAUUCGGGCCCAGCUACUGACCAUUCUAACUCUCCCUCCUCUGAUUCUCCUGACCAAGAUCUAUUUCCUGGUUUCCCAGACAUAGUAAAGAAAAUAUAUCUUUCCCCUGAGCAGCAGAUCUGUAAUAAGAGGGAGGAAGAACAAGGAAUUUGGGAAUAAAAUGGCAUUGAAAAUUCA